UUAUGUACUCCCUUAUAUAUUUCGAACAAUCCAGAAGCUCCCGUCGCCUGUACGCUAGGGUUUGAGAGCGCUUCCCCGUUCGCCCCAAAUUAUCAUAAAUCGCAAAAUUCCCAUCAAAUUCUUAGCAAAUCAAGCGGAGUUGGGUAUAUAGUUGACAGUAUGACCCGGGUUUAUGUCGGCAAUUUGGAUGCACGGGUGACUGAGAGGGAACUCGAAGACGAGUUUCGUGUGUUUGGAGUUUUACGAAGUGUAUGGGUAGCCAGAAGACCACCUGGCUAUGCUUUCAUUGACUUUGAUGAUCGCCGAGAUGCUCUUGAUGCAAUUCGCGACAUGGAUGGUAAGCAUGGCUGGAGAGUGGAGCUUUCUCAUAACUCAAAAGGUGGUGGUGAUGGUGGACGUGGUGGUCGGGACCGUUAUGGGGGUGGUUCUGAUCUCAAAUGCUACGAGUGUGGUGAGCCCGGUCACUUUGCUCGUGAAUGCCGGUUGCGCAUUGGUCCUGGAGGAUUAGGCAGCGGAAGGCGUCGCAGUCCAAGUCCCAGAUACCGCAGGAGUCCUAGCUACGGUCGGAGGAGCUACAGUCCUCGUUAUCGUUCUCCACGCCGUCACAGUUUGACACCACCACGCCGCCGCAGCUACAGCAGGUCACCACCAUCUCGCCGUAGUCGUCGUGACAUAUCGCCUUAUGCCAAUGGGGAUAGGCGUCGCAGCAGGAGCUAAGAACUGUUUGAUGCUAGAUGCAUGAUCUGUAUGAAGGGUAGCCCUAUGUUGCUAAUUAACUGUGUUUUAAAGAGCGAUCCUGUGGGAACUUCUUAAACUUGGUUAAGUCUCUUUGAACUCUAUUAGAAUUUGAUAUAUUUCCUAUAUCAUUGUCGUUUUUUAAUUAAGUAGGGAUAUAUUACAAGGACCUGUAGAAUGUCACUAAAAGAUAAAUUGUCUUUGUUUUCUUGUGUUGAGGAGGCGUGGUCUCGCUUUAGCGGCUCGCCACACUUCAGUACUCAAUUGCUUUUGUCGUCCUACCUCACGUGGUUUUGUUCGCCUACACUGCUAUCUUCAUUGGUUCUUGCUCUCUAGAUGCUUCUGUGUGCAUGACACUUUCUCCCGGUGUGUUGAUGACUCGACCCUUUAUUUGUUUUUACACAUAAGAGGCUCGAAGAGCUACAUGUCAAAAGGUCAGAGGUAAAUCGAAUAUGUUUCCUGAAGAAUUGUGCCAUCAGAUUCUUAUGUUUCAGACCUACAGGAUAUGUGGGUUCUGCUGGCCUUCUUCCUUCGGCUGCACUGCUGGAGUCGAAUGCUUCAAUGGAUUUUGGGGGAGAAAGUUUGAUUAAACUUAGAGUUAGGUGACCUACCCAAGUUUCACUUAUGAAGCCGUGGAUAUGGUAUCUACUUGUUACGGUUGCCUCAGUGAGCUCUUAAAGUUUUAGAACCGCUUCGUCUCCAUGAACCAAGGUCAUCAUCCUCUGAUAGUCACUAGUCCUCCACACUAUAUUUUCUGGUUUAUAACCAGCUAGGAUUUUUAAGAUCCUUCAGCGAGCUUCUAGAAUUUUCAGAACUGCUUCAGAACUGCUUCGGCUUCAUGAACCAAUAACGUUCGCAUAUAGACAUGUAUAUGUUUUCUGUAAGUAGUUUUUCCCCAGAAAUUUCAACUAUAUUCAUCUCAUUCAUUUUUUCCAGCUUUCUGCUUGCAUCUAUAUUAUGGAAUUUCCAAUUAAAAAUCAUUCAAGUCUUACAACAGUACGAGGUACUUGCCUUGUAUAUUUGUUCAUGGCUAGCUCGUCCUACUAAAUUAUGACCGUCCAAGAAACUUAUCUGCCUCGUCCAACAAAAUUACGACCCUCCAGGAAACUUAUCUCAGUCUGGCUUUUGUCCUACAAAAUUACAGUUCUCCAAGAAGCAUUUGUGUUUCUCUCCUAACUUGCGAACUAGAUGCUUCCUUAUUUGAGCUGCUGUCAAAGAGGGUAAGCAAAGCAUAAUUGGUGACGGAUCUUCGUAUGCUUACAGUUAAUGGCUUCUAAAGACUUCAUAAAACUUUUGUGGCUCACGCUUACUAUAGAAUGUUGAUGAUAUGCAAAGCUUCUACCGAUUUCACAAACGCUUCGUUUGCUUAGAGCAGAGCUGUUAUUGAAUUUGUAGUCGCUUCUCUGUGCUAUCUAUUCGACUAUAAUUGAUUUAAGAUUUCAUGGUUCCUAUUUUCUUA